GCCUUGAGAGUUGCCCCUCCACGCGCUGUUCACCAAACCAACCUUCUCUCUGCAAUUGCCCGACCAGAUCCUGCAGGUUCUUGGUGAUACCUUGAUAGGAAUUAUCAUGUCAGACGAAAUUGUGUGGCAGAUUAUAAACCAACAGUUCUGCGCUUUCAAGCUCAAAACGACGAAGGGCAACAAUUUCUGCAGAAAUGAAUACAAUGUCAGCGGUCUCUGCAACCGGCAAAGCUGCCCCCUCGCCAACAGCCGUUACGCAUCAGUGAGAACGUCGCCAAAAGGCACAAUCUAUCUCUACAUCAAGACGAUUGAGCGAUCGCACAUGCCAUCAAAAUGGUGGGAGAAGAUCAAGCUGUCUAAAAACUAUCAACAAGCGCUCCAGCAAAUCGAGGAACGGCUCCAGUACUUCCCAAAAUUCCUUAUCCACAAAUGCAAGCAACGUCUCACACGACUGGUCCAAGUGGCGACUCGCAUGCGCAGGAUAGCAGCGGAGGAAGCUAGGCUAGGUGAGAAGUUGGUACCGAAGAUGGCGCCUAAGAUCAAGCACAGGGAAGAGGCCAGAGAGCGCAAGGCUUUGGCCGCAGCGAAACUGGAGCGGACAAUCGAGAGAGAACUUCUCGAGAGAUUGCGGCAGGGAGCUUACGGUGAUCAACCGCUGAACUGCAACGCGAAUAUCUGGAAGAAGGUUCUGAAUGCGCUCGAGGCGGAGGGUGAGGGUGUCAGGGACAAGGACAUGGACAAGGGCAUCGAGACCGACGAGGACGAGUCCGAGAAGGAACUCGAGAGGGAAUUGGUGGAGGAGGACGAAGAAGAAGAUGGCGCGGUGGAAUACGUCUCCGACUUUGAGGAGAGCGACGAUGAGGAGCUGGCCGAUAUCGAGGAUUGGCUUGGAAGCGAGGACGAUGACGAUGACGACGAUGAGGACGAUGACGACGACGACGAGGAUAGUGCGGAGGAUGAUGAGAAAGACGUCAACAAGAAGUCAAAGACUGGUGACAAGCGGAAAAGAGGCCGUGCGGUCAAGCCGAAGGCGCGGAAACGGAAGGAGAUCGAGGUGGAGAGGGAAACAGACAGAGCAAAGCUGCUUGCAUUCUAAGGGUUUUCGGGAGUUGUGUCAGUCCGGUCGUCAUCUGUACUGCCAACUACGUGGCAAUUCGAUACCUCGGCACAUUAUCAUGAACAUGAUGGUUAACUUGAGCGGCGUUUUCGGUCAAGAUUCAGGAUGGGUACAUAUAUACCUCUGUUAUUCGCUGGUUACCCCUUUUGCAGUUCCCACCCUGUGUCACACCUACAGCAGGUUCGCUUCAGCACAUGAUCUCUUGUCAUUGGUAGGAGCACUGUACGAAGCAAGUUCCAGGUUGUUUGUCCUUGAUGCUCCG